AUGACUAUUAUCUCCGACCUUUCGUGGGAUUUGGUAGAGAAGAUACUCGCUAGGGUUCCCAUAUUUUCUAUAGGAGCUGUGAGAUCCACUUGCAAACAAUGGAACCGUUUAUCCAAAGUUAGGGUUUUGUGUAAAGCAGAAGCAAAGAGGCAUCAGUUUCUACGCUUCAUGUUGAAGAACUAUAAGCUUUGUUCAAUGAGAUUCGAUCUCCAUGGAAUCCUCCAAGGAAAACAAUUCGUGGAUCCAUCGAUAAAGGAGAUCACCGGUGAUUCACUUAAUCAUGUCAAGGUAACCAAAGUAUUUCAUUGUGAUGGCUUAUUGUUAUGCGUUACCAAGGACAAAGAGGAGAACAAAACUAGCCUCGUGGUCUGGAACCCAUAUUUAGGACAAACCAGGUGGAUCCAACCCAAAAAUUAUUACUACAGGCUAGACGUUUAUGCUCUAGGAUACGACAUCAAUAAACGUAAACACAAAAUCUUGAGGUUCUUCGCGGAUGCCUACAAUGUUUCUCUGUACGAAAUCUACGAUAUUUGUUCUGAUUCAUGGAGAGUUCUUGAUAUCACUCAGGACUGGGGCAUAAUGUUUUAUCAUCGUGGUGUGUCUUUGAAGGGAAAUACUUAUUUUUUUGCUAAAGAAAAAAUUGUAUUGGAAGCUGGAGGACCGGAAUCUAUAGCCGAGCUCCAUGCUAUCUUACUUUCUUUUGAUUUUACUAAAGAGAGAUUUGGACCACCUCUGCCUCUGCCGGUUGAGCACUAUAUUGAAGAUACCGGAACACUCUCUUCUCUUAGAGACGAGAAACUGGCAGCCUUAUAUCAGUCCUCAAGUAUGUGUAACGUGGAGGUUUGGGUGACAGCUAAGAUUGAGCCCAAUGCAGUGUCAUGGGUUCCCUUUUUAAAAAUUGACUUGGAACCAUUAACAGGUUUUGAAUUCCAGUUUCACCAUUAUGGUGCCAGUUUCUUCAUUGACGAGGAGAAGAAAGUCGCUGUAGUUUUUCAAAUUGACGAAUCUGAAAUGACCUGUUAUGACACAGCUUACCUCAUUGGGGAGAAUGGAUACUUUGAAAAAGUAGGUCUGGGAGAAGCUGACAAUCACUUAGACUCCAUCCCCAUGGAAGACUAUUGCCCACUCGUAUGCUCUUGCUCCUAUGUUCCAAGUUUAGUGCAUAUCAACAGCGAAUUUGUCAAAGAGGAAGCAAACGAAGGAGAUCAUCACUAA